AUGGACGCCUUUCUUACAUGGAACGGGACGGGGGACGAGAAUGUCUCGGCGACCCUCGCGCCUCGCCCCGCAGAGGCGGCCGCCUUCAGUACGGGGGAGGUGGUCCUGGAAAUAACGGCAAUGCUGCUGAUCAUGGUAGCCACAGUAGUGGGGAACGCAGCCGUGUGUUGGAUCGUCAUUUCCAACCCCAAACUACGGACGGUUUCCAACCAGCUAGUCUUCAACCUGGCCCUGUGCGACCUGCUGACGGCGGUGGUGAACGGGCCCAUCACGGUGGUUGUUCUCGUCUCCGAGAAGCGGUGGAACAUGGGCGACGCCAUGUGUGCCAUCAACGGCUUCACCACGACCAUGUUCGGCCUGGCGUCCGUCCUGACACUGGCUGUCAUCUCUCUCAACAGAUUCGCCAUGAUCGUCCAUCCACAGAAAGCCGGGCGGUGGUUCAGCGUCUGGAAACUCCGAGCCAUGAUAUUUGGUGUGUGGGCAAUCUCUUCACUGGCCAGCUUCCCGCCCAUCGUCGGUUGGUCCACGUACCAAUUCAUCCAGGGAAAGGCUAUCUGCACCAUCAAAUGGUCCACCGACGUGUCCUAUACCCUCUUCAUCCUUCCCACCUUCAUCCUCCUGCCCUUCUUCGUUAUGAUCGCCUGUUACUACAAAAUCUUCAAAGUCGUCAAGAAGAACUCUCAAAGAAUCAUGUCCCAUCACAGGAGAACCGAGUUGAACCCCACCACCCCUGGGAGCACCCCUUCGAGUAGUAAGAAGUCGUGGCAGCCGGUGCCGGUGAGAAAGGACUCUGACCAGUCGACGGGAACCCCCCGCGUACCCCCCACGAUUACCAUCGACUCAGCAGAUUCGAGCGACGCCGUCAAAGAUGGUGGCGGCCACGAUUCCAACAAACCGCUGCUCCCAAACCACAUAUUGGCUGCAAAAUCUACAGAAACGACCCGAAGAAAUUCCAAGGAAAAAUUCAGCUCCCAAGGAACCGCCGGGGAGAGUGAGAAUCCUAGAAACGAGCCGACUUGCAGUACGGAACAAAAAGACCCUCUUCAAAGCAGCUGUGACAACAACAAAUCUUGUGAGUCAGAGCAGACGUCUAAAAAGACUGGAGGAGAUAAUAAUGUUGCCACAGUCAGCUUCGCGUGCAAAAGUCACAGCACACUGACGGGACUUGCUCUAGAGAGAAUAAACGAAGAAAAUAAAGGUGAGACACAAGGGCGCGUACGGUGUUACUCCGAUGUCAGUGCUACGAAGAAGAAGAAACCGUUGCUUCGCCCAACUCUAAGCGCAAAGAAACGAGACUCUUUAGAUGACACUGAUUACUCGACUGCAGUUGAGUUAAAGGAGAUCAUAGUCACUAACGAUAUCAUUCUGCAUAACCCAAAACUGUUGGAGGACAGCGACGAUAAAACUGCCAUUAAAACUCAUGAGCAGCGUACCGAAAAUGGCCCCAAGCAUACAAAUUCAAGAAAACAGACAAUAGAAAGCCCGAUGAAUGUAAAAAAUACAGCUAAGAGUGAUAUUGAUAUCAUCGUCACUUCUCCAAGUCCAAAUUCUAAGAGCAACAGGACGAAGGGGAACCAUAAGACUACUGCCAUAAUCGAAAACACCGCUUCUCGUAAAUCAGACAACACACAAGGCAGAUCUUCGUCUCCCAAGUCAAGACGCUUCUCAAGACCGACCAAGAACAACUUGAAGUUUGACUGCAACGCGAAGUCCCCGCGAAGACUAUCGGACCCGUUCACGAUCCUGACAUUGGAGAGUAAGAUCAUGAAGGACCAAAGCGUGUCGCAGUCUUCUCUGAACGCUACGAUGGGACCUGUGAGCAUCCUUCGCAAGUCGUCUACGGGAAGUUGUUCUGGUGACAUCGAGAGUCAUCGAAGAGACAGGCUGAGUCCAAGGCCGAAGGAGAAGCUGUCGGCAAGGCUGUCAGAUCCGGAGAAGUACAACCGCAUCCGACUGUCCAUCGGGCAUGUUGAUGUGGAGAGGAAACGGAGUCACAGCCUGAUCACCUCCACAAGCCCCAGUCUACUCCGCAGGUUCCAGUCACCUAGCUUCAUACGCAAGCGCCAGGGUCCGGGAGUGGACGACGUGAAGGUCACUAAGAUUUUACUCAUAGUAAUCUGCGUGUUUGUGGUCUGCUGGGCGCCCAUCAGUUUGGUCAACUUCGUCGAGACCUUCUUCCGUAUUCAGAUCCCGCCUAUCCUGGACAUCACCACGGUCUACAUGGUGUUCCUGAACUGCGCGCUCAACCCUGUCAUCUACGGACUCAUGAACAGAAACUUCCGAGACGGGUUCAAAGACUUCUUCAGUAAGUGUAGAGGGAAGGGCGAGCACGACUCGAGCAACGGGAAAAAGUCACGGGCCUCUGAUGGCAAGAUAGUAUGA